CCAAUUGGGUUUGUUUUCUCGCUCUAACAGCUCACUACAACAAAUACAACACUAUUCGUCUCUCUCUCUGUCUCUCUCUCUCUCUCUCUCUCUCUCGGCUCUUCUAGUUUCAAGUAUAUAUAUUGAACUCAAUUUGUUCACGGCAUUAGCAUUUCUUUGGUGUCAGCAAAUGGAGAUGAGCUUAUGGGACCAAUGGGUAGAAGAGGCAGUUUCCAAGUUGGAAUCUCUGAAACUCCUCCGUUCUCUCAGACCCAUUCACCUCCCCAUCAAUGAACAAUCGAAACCCAUCGAUACCCAGAUGAAGAAUGCUUCAAAUUACGAUGAAUUCGAGGCGUUCGACGGUUUGCGGCAAUGGGAUAGGGCAUCUGUUGAAGUAGUGAUUGCUGAUAGCACAUUUCAGAGAUGGGUUCGUGAGGUUCCGAGUUGUGGAGAUGAUGCUGACUGUGGCAACCAAGAAGCUGAAACAGGAGCCUGCCCUCAGAAGUUUAGAAAGCUACUUUUAUUUUCUGGAAAUGAUUACUUGGGCUUGAGUUCACAUCCUACUGUUUCAACAGCUGCUGCAAAGGCAGCCCUAGCACAUGGAAUGGGCCCGAGGGGUUCUGCUUUAAUCUGUGGGUAUACAAGUUACCAUGGACUGCUUGAGUCAUGCUUGGCAGACUUGAAGAAGAAAGAGGAUUGCCUUCUUUGUCCUACGGGCUUUUCGGCUAAUAUGGCCUUGAUGACGACGUUGGGAAAUCUUGGCUCUCUUUUAGCUAAAGGGAGAAAACCUUUGAAGGAUGAAAGGGUUGCCAUAUUUUCUGAUGCUCUGAACCAUGCAUCAAUAAUAGAUGGCAUCCGUCUUGCUGAACGACAAGGAAAUGCAGAGGUGCUUGUCUAUAGACACUGUGACAUGUCUCACCUUAAUGAGUUGUUAUUUAGUUGCACAAUGAAGAAGAAAGUUGUUGUCACUGAUAGCUUGUUCAGUAUGGAUGGGGACUUUGCACCAAUGAGUGAACUUGCGAAGCUUCGGAAGAGGCAUGGAUUUUUAUUGGUUAUUGACGAUGCUCAUGGAACGUUUAUUUGUGGCAAAAAUGGUGGGGGCGUGGCUGAGGAAUUUAAUUGUGAAAGUGACGUUGACAUAUGCAUAGGCACUUUGAGUAAGGCUGCAGGUUGCCACGGUGGAUUCGUAGCAUGCAGUCAGAGAUGGAAGCAACUAAUACAAUCGAGGGGUCGCUCUUUUAUAUUUUCGACUUCUACACCAGUUCCAAUUGUUGCCGCUGCACACGCUGCUGUUAUUGUUGCAAAAAAGGAGACAUGGCGUAGAAGGGCUAUUUGGAACCGUGUGCAAGACUUCCAAGCUCUCACUGGAAUCCCGAUUACAAGUCCUAUCAUUUCUCUUGUUGUAGGGAGUGAAGAGAAGGCACUCCAAGCUAGUCGGUAUCUGCUGAAAUCUGGUUUCCAUGUAACUGCAAUCAGACCCCCAACAGUGCCCCCAAAUUCAUGCAGGUUAAGGGUCACUCUGAGUGCGGCACACACAUUGGAUGAUUUGAAGAAGCUCACUACUGCACUUUCUGAAUGCAUCAACUUCCAAGAUAUGCGCGUCUAUAGCACAACUGGAUGUGCAAGCCUAUAUAGCACUUCGUCAUUUUGAAUUCAAUGGAUUUUCUCAUUUAUUACAUGAAGAUUCAAAACAAUUUUGCUAGACAUAGAAACAAACCGACCUUUGUGUUUGUUUUGUGACUUUAUGUGAUUUUUUUGGUCUACUCAGAAUUUCUCAAUUUGAAAUGUUUAAGUAACUGUUACUGUUUGAGCAAUAAUAUUGCAAUGGUUUAAGGGAGCCUACACAAUGAAAAAUUAUGACUGAUUCA